UUUCAUUCAUUGCUAAAUCCCUGGCCCCGUCUUUUCUCCUCUGUAUAUUUACGUCGACACAUCACUCAACUCCCCGUAAAUUUUAUCCGCAAAAAAAAAACCUCCAUGGCCUUCUCUCGCCUCUUCUCUUCAUUGAAAUCGUUAAACAAAAGCACCCUCAGAAACUCCUUGUUCCACACCCACAGGCCGCACCAUCACAUCAAAACCAACGUAAUCAGUUCAGAUAACAAGCAAACCCCAAACGUUUCCUGGCUAAGUUCGCUGCUCCCCGUCGCAAUUGCUUUCUCGGCUGGAUCAUUCGCCUUCAAAACCCUAGACUCUCCCGCUCUUUGCGAUUCCUCUAAUCUACACGCCGAAAGUAGCGGUUUGAACUAUGGGGGAAAAGACAGCACGGAUUACGCGGUUAAAGGUUAUCGCAGGAAUAUACCUCAACAGCUUAUUGAUGAAUUGAAGGAUAUUUGUAAAGAUAACAUGUCGAUGGAUUAUAACGAAAGACACUUCCAUGGAAAACCUCAAAACAGUUUUCACAAAGCAGUUAACAUCCCUGACGUAGUUGUUUAUCCCCGGUCAGAAGAGGAAGUCUCCAAAAUAGUCAAAACUUGUAAUAAGCAUAAGGUACCCAUCAUACCAUACGGCGGAGCUACAUCAAUAGAGGGUCAUACACUAUCCCCUAGUGGAGGUGUUUGCAUUGACAUGACUCUAAUGAAAAGUGUCAAAGCAUUACAUGUUGAGGAUAUGGAUGUGGUUGUUGAGCCUGGGAUUGGAUGGAUGGAACUCAAUGAAUAUCUUGAGCCACAUGGCCUAUUCUUUCCUCUCGAUCCUGGGCCUGGAGCGACCAUUGGUGGGAUGUGUGCUACUCGUUGCUCUGGUUCUUUAGCAGUGAGGUAUGGUACUAUGCGUGAUAAUGUCAUUAAUCUUAAGGUAGUUCUAGCAGAUGGAGAUAUAGCCAAAACAGGAUCUCGAGCCAGGAAAAGUGCUGCUGGGUAUGAUCUGACACGACUGAUGAUCGGAAGUGAAGGCACCUUAGGGGUGAUAACUGAAGUUACACUUCGUCUGCAAAAAAUUCCACAAUAUUCAGUGGUUGCAAUGUGUAACUUUCCUACUAUUAAGGAUGCAGCAGAUGUUGCUAUCGCGACUAUGAAGUGUGGCAUACAGGUCUCAAGGGUAGAGCUGUUAGAUGAGGUCCAGGUGAAAGCUAUUAAUGUUGCUAACAGCAAGGACUUGCCCGAGGUUCCAACUUUGAUGUUUGAAUUUGUAGGCACAGAGGCAUAUGCACGCGAGCAGACAUUGAUAGUUCAAAAAUUAGUGUCUGAGCACAAUGGGUCUGAUUUUGUGUUUGCUGAAGAUACUGAAACGAAAAAGGAGCUUUGGAAGAUAAGGAAAGAGGCACUUUGGGCCUGCUUUGCAAUGGCUCCUAAUUGUGAAGCAAUGAUUUCGGAUGUAUGUGUUCCCUUGUCGCACCUAGCAGAAUUAAUAUCGAAAUCUAAAGAGGAGCUGGACGCUUCCCCACUGAUGUGUAUGGUUGUUGCUCAUGCCGGUGAUGGGAACUUCCACACUUUAAUUAUGUUUGACCCUAGCAAAGAGGAACAACGGAAGGAAGCUGAAAGACUGAACCAUUGUAUGGUUCAUACUGCGUUGUCAAUGGAAGGAACUUGUACCGGAGAACAUGGUGUAGGUACCGGGAAAAUGAAGUACCUUGAGGAAGAACUUGGAAUAGAGGCUUUAAGAACAAUGAAGAGGAUAAAAGAUGCAUUAGAUCCCAAUAACAUCAUGAAUCCAGGAAAGGUCAUUCCUCCUCAUGUCUGUUUCUAGUGACGAUACAUCAUCUUUGUCUACAUCCACACAGGCCCACCCACAUAUAUGCAUUUAUGGGUGUAUGUUUAACACCUCUUCUCCCAUGCCCCCAUAGACUAGUCCUGUUCAAUAUAUGUUUGAUUACAACCAAAGAUUUUUGUUUCCAUAAUACAUUUCAAUACAAAUAGUUAUACCAGCUUCCAACUAAUUUACUGGUUGGAUCUGUCAAAAAAAUAUUUUAAAAAAAAAUCACUGGUUGGACAGAUUUUAUGGUUUGAAUUAUAUGAUGAUGAUAAAUUGAUCUUGUUCA